GUGACGGUCACCAGGGAGACGCAGGUUAGCGUGUCAGGACAGAGCUGUGUGUCCCGGGUACUGAAGCCUCCAGCCAAGGGUCUUGGGUUUCCCUGUGAGUCACAUUGGUCACGGCACCGGGUGACAGAUGGCGUCCAGAAGUGCCGGCACAUUGAUCACCCACAACAAUGCCACCUACAUCCCACCUGCUCUCAUGCCUGGGUACCGUGGACAUAUUCCAACUGAGGCAUUCACCUAUGGAGAUACGUAUGGAAACACCACAGCGCGCUGCUUCCAGGAUUUCCGUUCCUCAGCUCUCAGUUCAAGCCAGAGUCCUUACUGCAAAGGAGGACAGUUCCCUACCAGUUACUCCAAUGACCCUGCACUGGUGCUGAGCAAUCGAUCCCGUGGCUGGGACAGGUUCUUAUACAGUCCUAACUGGUCCCGAUACCACGUAGACCAUAACAGGACCCAGGAGCUGGACCAGUUCAGAAAGAGUGCUCAGCAACACAGAGACCACUACCGAGACAAAACCGGAACUGUGCCACAAGUGCCCCACUUCAUCUUACCUGUGAAGAAUGAGGACAAUUACCCUCUACCCCAACAAUGUAAGGCUAGCGGCUACACUUUAGAAGGUAUUGUACCAGCCUGUGGUGAAGACGUAAGUGGAUCUGAAAUGGCUUUACUUUCCUCCAUGAAUACAAGGAACCCAAAAACACCAUUAUUGCCAUCAAUGGACUGAUAUAAUAAAUAAAUAUUGAGUCUUAUCAGUAGAUCGACUUGUGUCUUAUGGGAAUGAAAAUCAAAGGGAAUACAUUUAAUUGUAUUUAUCCACUGGAUACUAGAUGAUGGAAUACUGCUAAUACUGAACAUGAUUAUCUUUGUGGAAAAAAUAAAAUACAUCUUUGUAUA